AUGAUCUCGGUUGAUUCUGAUCGACACUCAGCUCUCAGACACGAAAUCUUACAACUAGAGUCGCUGGUAGAGCGAAACCAAAUUGAUCCACAAGAUCUGCCGGAUAGUGAUAUGAUUGAGUCUGGACUGCGCUCGGAUUUGAACGCGGCAUCACAACCACAUGAGUCAAAUAUUUCACAGCACGAUGACUCACCUGAGACUGGUCUAGAAAAUGAUGCAGUAUUACCGCAAAACUAUGCCUCAAUGACUGACGAUCUGAAUAUGGAUAUGGAUAUGGGAAUGGAUACGAACUCGAAUAUGGAGAUGGACAUGGACGACGAGAUUGCUGGCUAUGUGUUCAAUAGCGACUUCAGGGUCGAUUUAAGAGAUCUCGAUCCAGAAAUCUUGACUGCAGAGGAACGCGUAAGGAGAGAUGCACUUCUGAAAAGAGAUGCAGAAGCAGCUGCACAACUCUGCCAAGUAUCUGCCAUCCACAAUAACGACGUGUCCCUUUCGGAGGAGCAGCACCGCUCCACAGAGCAGCAUCGCCUCAUAGAGCAGCAUCGCCUCAUAGAGCAGCAACCGGACUUGACUGGUCUCUCGAGGCGGCAACGAUACGAGCUCAUGGCAGGACGCGAGCUGUCUUGCGAUACUUCACAGAUGGGCUCUUCUCCAUGGUCCUCAAGCCAGCCAGAUAUACAAGCCAACAAGCCAGAUCCUGCAGCAGAUUGUCAGUCCUUGACCGUCUUCUCGGACCUGCCUGAUUUUGACGAUUUAAUGGAAGAUGUUCGAGAUGUGCAAGACGAGCCGGAGCCUCCACAACAGACCGUUCCUACGCCUGUCUCCGAUACGGAGUUUGUGACCGACGACGAAUUACCACCAGAUUCGAACCCUCAUCUUGCAGCAAUACGGGCCAGAGCGACCCUCCCGACUGUACCAAUAUCAACAGCACCAAUAUCAAAAGCACCAAUAUCAACAGCACCAAAAUCAACAGCACCAACAUCUAGCGCACCUAUUGCUUCAGAAGUUAUUCCGCGCGAGGUACUACAACGCUCGCUAUCGCAGCGCACAAGACCACGCAAGAGCGAGCCGAUUGUCCUGAUCGAUAGACCUCCUGGGUCAAGCCAACGAACACGGAUUUCCGACUCCAUGUUCGUCAGUGAUGACGAAUCUGACAACAUACCACCAAGUUCGAAUCCUCAUCUUGCAGCUGCAUUUCGACGAAUGGCAGGCGCUAAUUCUGAGACCCCAACAUCCAGUGCUUCAACGACCAGAACUUCGACACCCAAACUUCCUCCUCAUCUGGCACCUAUACGCAAAGCAGCUCACCGCAGAUCUCUGAACCCGUCAUCUCAAAUACCUACAGAGGAGGAAAGACAGAUACUGGACCAAACAGAAUACGCGGUUGUCGAUAUCAUCAACGAAAGGACUCUGAAUGGGAAAAAGCAAUACCUGAUCAAAUGGCAACCCAUCCAUGGCAGAAUGUUCAUGGACACCUGGGAGCCAGCGGAGUAUGCAAAUGCAGCGGCAGUGAGAGACUGGGAGCUCAUAAAAAUGAAAAAGGCACAGUGGAAGAAGCUGUCAAGGAAACCUACCAGAAACGGUGCACCUGUGUCAACAAGUCUUGAAGGGCAGUCAACAGUACAGCAACCACGGGAGCCAUCGCCGGAACUCGGAGAAGAGGACACUUCGAUGUUCUUUGUCGACACGGCUGCGGACGAGUCUCUCGCCCGCAAGGAUGCCAGGUUCGUGCCCGCUCUCCACACUCAAUCGUCGUCAUCUCCAAGCUCAUCAUCAGCCGAUCAAGGCCAAGUCUCUCAUCGCACUCGCAGCCCCGUGGACACCAGAGAUAAUAUCCCCACUGCCACGACUCAUCCCAUGGAGAAUACUGUGCCAGAGCCAGAGUCUAGAUCAUCGACUAGGUAUGCCACUCAACCUUUCGUCAUCAAAGCUGUCUCUCCCAAGCCGAUACCGAAACAUGCACUAGCGCCAGUCUUAGGGCUACCAUCCGUCUCGGUACCUCAGCUAGAUGUCCAAACAACACCUAGUAACGCUGUUGCUUCUGAGUCGACACCCAACCACGCAUCAGAGCCAGCACCCACAUCAUCGCAGAAGGGUGCCAGAAACUAUUGGNGGAAAGGCAAACACCCCACACAAGCACAGCAGCGUGCGAGAAUGCGGGAGAAGCGGGAGGUGAAGAGAGCUGCAAAGGCAGGGAGACUGGCCAACAUGACGGAAAAGGAGAGAGCUGAUGCGGAACAUGGCAAGGCUAUGCACACAACGGCAAGGAAGGAGAGAAAAAGAGAAGGGACCUGGAGAAAAGGAUCAUGGAGGGAAGGGCAAAAGCCAACAAAGAGAGGGAAGAGACAAGCUGCUGCGCAGAAUGCUGCCGGGCCAUCCUAG